UGGCGUGAAAAAUGACUCGAAUCAGAUUACCAUAGAGGAUACAGAAGUGAGGUCGUUGGUAGAUGUCAAUAAAUCCCGGUCACGAACAUUAUGGACUAAACAGGAGGUACAAAAAUUAUUUGAGGCGGUUGAAAAACAUGGAGAAAAAUGGACGUAUAUUGCUAAAAGUUAUUUUCAAUCGAGACAACCUGGUUCGUUAGAACGAAAAUUCCGGUGGGCGAAAUCUAGAUUAGAAAAAGAUUUUUACUAUGAUGCAUGGACACCUGAAGAGGAUGAAAAGUUAAAAGAGGGAGUUGCUGAACAUGGAGUUGGAAAUUGGGCCAAAAUAUCCGAAUUUUUACCAACAAAAAAUAAUGUACAAAUUUGCAAUAGAUGGAGUGUCAUCUCCAAAUCAAAGAGAGGAAAGUGGACGAGAGAUGAGCACGAAUUGCUUGUCGACCUAAUUAAACAGAAUGGUGAAAACUGGGAAGUCAUUUCUAACAUAUUGAAUCGACCAACGCGUUACAUUUAUUAUUAUCAUCAUCACACUGUUAUUAAUGCGAAAUGGACGUCAGAUGACAAAAGGAGGCUUUACCAUGCAAUCGAAAAACACGGGGAGAAUUGGGAUGAGAUAAUGAAGUUAUUUCCUGACAGAACUUUACUCAAUGUAAAAGAUUAUUUUCGUCGAGUUCCUUCUUGUAAUCCUAAGCUAAAUUCUGGGCGUUGGAACGUAGAAGAAAAAUCAGCAUUCGAAGAAGCGAUUAACAAAUAUGGAAAAAAGUGGAAAAUGGUUGCAAGUUUUGUCGGAAGUAGAAGUUCGAUUCAGUGUUCAAAUUUUUGGAAUGCUCGUUUUAAAAAAUUGAAAUCGAGUUAA